AUGUCGUCUUGGGUGGCAGACCAUCCUUCGCAAGGCAGCAACAACAUGAACAACAACAGCCAUGAAGAUGGAGAUGAGCGGCUCAAAAUUCACCGAGCUAGCUGUGAUCCGGCGGCCUCCGACCUCUCGCCGCCGGCUGAUGCUUUUCUCAGAGCCGCCGUCUCCCUCAAAGAUCAGGUGGUGGAGAUGACAUGGAGAAAAGAGGGGGAAAAUUGGAGCUUGGACCCGACGGUUUAUACUGGUUUGAUGGGAACAGCUUUGAUGUGCUUGCGAUCUUAUGAGGCAACCGGCAACGGCCGGGACUUGGAGCUGUGCUCCGAAAUCGUUGACGCCUGUACCCCGGCUGCUCAAAUCUCCAACAGGCAUGUCACUUUUCUUUGUGGUAGAGGAGGUGUCUAUGCUGUCGGUGCUAUAACUUCAAAUUACAGUGGGGACCAAAAGAAGCGUGACUACUAUUUGGGUCGUUUUCUGGAGAUGGCACAAGAGAGAGCACUCCCUGUGGGACCAAAAGAAGGCGGAUUUGGGAUGUCAUACGACCUGCUCUAUGGACGAGCCGGAUUUCUGUGGGCUGCUUUGUUAGUGAACAAAUAUUUAGGCCCCGAAACAAUCCCUAACGAGCUUCUCAUGCCAGUUGUCGAGGCAGUCCUGGCGGGAGGCCGAGCUGGCGCCUCUGACAACACGUCGUGCCCAUUAAUGUACAGAUGGCAUGGGACUAGAUACUGGGGUGCAGCCCAUGGGCUAGCCGGUAUAUUGCACGUGUUGCUUCAUUUUCCUUUGUCCGGUGAUGAUGUUGAGGAUGUCAAGGCGACUCUAAGGUACAUGAUGAGUAAUAGGUUUCGACAUAGUGGGAACUAUCCAGUGAGCGAAGGGAACCCGAGAGAUAAGCUGGUCCAGUGGUCCCACGGAGCUGGUGGUAUAGCUAUUACCCUAUGCAAAGCAUCAGAGGUGUUUCCGGAUGAUAGGGAUUUUCGUGAUGCAGCCAUUGAAGCCGGAGAAGUUGUGUGGAAAAACGGGUUGGUGAAGAAGUUGGGGUUAGGGGACGGUGCAGCUGGCAAUGCAUACGCGUUCUUGUCUCUACUCCGUCUUACGAGAGACAGCAUAUAUGAAGGGAGAGCAAAGGCAUUUGCGACCUACCUAUAUCACGGUACGUGGAAAAUCUUGGCGGCUGAGAAAAAUUGUGGUGGAGAAGAGCUUAUGAUGUAUUCCCUUUUUGAAGGGGCAGCCGGGGCUGCCUGUCUCUGGUUCGAUUUGCUAACGCCUUUGGAAUCUCGAUUUCCAGGCUAUGAAAUCUAG